UCGGCUGCCUCCUCACUCCCAUAGCUGAAGACCUCAUUCGAGCUAGUAGCUAGCCAUAGAGGUGCGAGAGGAAGAAGAAGAAGGCUUGUUGGAGUUUAGCUGAGGAUCGCGAGGAGCUUUGAUCAGAGAGACUGCUGCUGUUAUUAUAUAUAUAUAGACCGGCCGGGCAGAUAGAUAGAUAGAUAGAUAGAAUGGGUGUGGGAAAAGCUCUGAACGAUGUGAAGCCGUACCUGGCCAUGAUCCUGCUGCAGGUAGGGUUCGCCGGGAUGUACAUCGUCGCCGUGGCAUCGCUCAAGCGCGGGAUGAGCCACUUCGUCCUCGUAGUCUACCGUAACCUCUUCGCCACCGCCGUCAUGGCGCCCUUCGCGCUCUGGUUCGAGAGGAAAUCGAGGCCAAGGAUGACCAUCAAAAUCUUCCUCAAGAUAAUGGGGCUCACUUUACUCGAACCCGUGCUGGAUCAGAACCUCUACUUCAUGGGUGCCAACCUGACCUCGGCGGGCUUCGCGUCGGCGCUGAUAAACAUCCUCCCGGCCGUCACAUUCGUCAUGGCCCUCGUCCUACGGAUGGAGAAAGUGCGGCUGCGGAGCGUGCACAGCCAGGCCAAGAUCGUCGGCACGGUCCUCACCGUCGCCGGCGCGGUGCUCAUGAUCCUGUACCACGGCCCCGUGGUGCAGUUCCCGUGGUCCAAGGGGCACCACCAUGACGCCGGCGCCCAGGGCGCCGCCUCAAGCGGCAGCUUCCUCACCGGGAUCAUCACCAUCAUCGUCGCCUGCGUCUGCUGGUCGGCCUUCUUCGUCCUCCAGGCCAACACGCUCAAGAGCUACCCCGCGGAGCUGUCGCUGACCACGCUCAUCUGCCUCAUGGGCUCGCUGAUGAGCGGCUCCGUCGCGCUCGUCGCCGAGCGCAACAACACCCAGGCCUGGGUCAUCGGCUUCGACACCCGCCUCUUCACCUGCGCCUACGCCGGUAUAGUGUGCUCCGGCGUGGCAUACUACGUGCAAGGUAUCGUGUCGAGGCAACGAGGCCCGGUGUUCGUCACGGCCUUCAAUCCUCUCUGCAUGAUCAUAACCGCCAUCAUGGGCUCCAUCAUACUCAAAGAAGAGAUCACUCGCGGAAGUGUGAUUGGCGCUGCGAUCAUCGUGUUAGGCCUGUACGCGCUCAUCUGGGGCAAGAGCAAGGACGAGGUGAACCAGGUGGCCGACGUCUCAGCAUCAGGCGGCUGCGGCUCCAAGGGUGGCGAGCUGCCCAUCACCUUGGCGCAGCCCAACGGCAACGGCAAGCACGAGCUUGGCAGCGGCCGCGGCGUCGUCUUCGAUGUCGAGACGCCGGCGGCCAACGGCCAUUACUAGUAGCUAUAGCUAGCAGUACUCCUAAACCUAAAGCAAGCAACCUGCCCGUCAGUUCUAGCUAGACAUGCAGCAUGCAUCCUGCAGGCUAUGGCCUGGUCGAUCGAGUUGAAGCACAUAAUUAAGUACGUGUGCGAUUUUUUAUUUCUUCUUCUUCCGUUUUUGUUAAUUUCGCCUUGAAAUUCUUGUAAGAGAGUGCACGAGAGAGGAGACACAGAUGAUCCUUAUACCUUGUAUUAACGGAUAAGGCCAUGACGUUAUGGGUUGCUUAAUCAAUCAGUAAACAAAGCAUCA